AUGCUGCUGCUGCUGGGUGUCCAUGGCCCGUACCCCCAAGCUGCCACUGCAGCAGUAAGAGUGGCAGCCGGAGGCUCCGUCUAUGCUGUGCCACCUGGCUUGGGCCGGGGAGGCUUAGCCAGAGACUUUUGCUGCAUCUCAGCACCUUGGAGAACAGAGCAGGAGUGUCAUCACAUUAGAGGGACCAUGUUGCGUCGCAAACCCUCCAACGCCAGUGACAAGGAGCCCACUCAGAAGAAAAAGCUCUCACUUCAGCGCUCCAGCAGCUUCAAGGAUUUUGCCAAAUCCAAGCCCAGCUCCCCUGUGGUGAGCGAGAAAGAAUUUAACCUGGAUGAUAAUAUUCCAGAAGAUGAUGCGGGUGUUGUUACCCCUGAGGAUUCUGGGAAGAGUGGCAAAAAGUUGGGAAAGAAAUGGAGAGCAGUCAUUUCCCGAACCAUGAACAGGAAGAUGGGCAAGAUGAUGGUGAAGGCCCUGUCAGAGGAGAUGGGAGACACACUGGAGGAAGGCUCAGCUUCCCCAACAUCUCCAGACUGCAGCCUGGACAGCCCCGGUCCUGAGAAGAUGGCCCUGGCAUUUUCUGAGCAGGAGGAACGUGAACUGCCAGCACUCAGCCGCCAGCCAUCAACAGGCAGUGAACUCUGUAGCCCUGGGCCCAGCUCUGGAAGCUUCAUGGAGGAGGCAUCUGCUCCCCAGUACACAGGGCCCUUCUGUGGGCGUGCUCGAGUCCACACUGACUUCACACCCAGCCCCUAUGACCACGACUCACUGAAACUGCAGAAAGGAGAUGUGAUCCAGAUCAUUGAAAAGCCACCUGUGGGCACUUGGCUGGGCCUGCUCAAUGGCAAGCUGGGCUCUUUCAAAUUCAUCUAUGUGGAUGUGCUACCAGAGGAGGCUGUGGGGCCUGUGCGCCCCAGCCGCCGACAGAGCAAAGGCAAGCGGCCCAAGCCCAAGACUCUGCAUGAACUGCUGGAGCGCAUUGGCCUGGAGGAACACACAUCCACCCUCCUACUCAAUGGCUACCAGACCCUGGAAGACUUCAAAGAGCUGCGGGAAACACACCUCAAUGAACUGAACAUUAUGGACCCACAGCACCGGGCCAAGCUGCUCACGGCUGCCGAGCUGCUGCUGGACUAUGACACAGCUGGCAGUGAAGAGGCCGAAGAAGGUGCCGAGAGCAGCCAGGAGCCUGUGGUGCACACAGUGUCAGAACCCAAGGUGGACAUCCCACGCGACUCUGGUUGCUUCGAGGGCUCAGAGAGUGGGCGUGAUGAGGCAGAGCUGACAGGCACAGAGGAGCAGCUGCAGGGUCUCUCCCUGACCGGGGCACCUUGAAGUGAAGAUGGCAUAGGCCGAGGCUGAGCCCUAGCUGCAGAGACUGCAGGGAUGGGUGUGGCCUCCCAUAAUGGCUCAGGACCAGAGGACUGGUGCAGAAUCUGGCCCUGCUUCCCCAGGGAUGUUUAUGGCUGAAGGCCCUGCCAGGAUGCUACAGGUUCAGAUAGAGGGAAUAAAGGACUGCCAAAAGGCAUAUGCUGCCCUUUGGACCCUCUCCCUCCACCAGUGACUGACAGAAUGGCCCCUUCUGGCACCUCCCAUUCUCCCACUAUGGCCAUACAAGUUGGGCACCAAGGGACCUACCUAGUCAUGCCUCGCAACCACGGCCCCACUAAACCUUCUUACCGUCACACCACUGUCACACUGCUUCUAAGAAGGACACCAAACCACCGUUUCAAGCCAGUCUUUAAAUCCCUGGGGAAGCUAGCUGUUUCUAAGGCUCUCAGUUGGACAUAGGUGAGUCCAGAAUUCCGUCAGUGAGGUGGGAAGGAAGCUGCACCUAUUGUCCCCACUAUUCUUUCAACGUUUUAGAGGUCUGACCAGUAAGUCACCAUGAGAUCUGCACUAUAUGUCUGCCCUUCUUUUGGCUUCAGUCUGGUAAAGGACUAGAAUGAGCAGUUAUUGAGGGCCCCACUGUGCAGCUGACAUUCUGCACCAUUAAAUAUGUGCUCUCCAGGCUGUCUGCCACCCAGGACACCAGUGGGCUUCUUGAAGAUGCUGGAAGGACCUAGGAUUUCCAAUGAAAUAGCGCUUCCUUCUCAUCCAUUUCAGACCUUCCCAUGUGACUCAAACUGAAUGACACCUUUUCCCAGCUUAAAACAAUGCCCACAUGUCAUAUGAUAAGUGUCCCCACAUGUUCCUUGGACCCUUCAAAUGCGAUUUCUCACAGGCUGAUUGAAGAUGGCUACAGCUGCCUUCCAAUAACACAACUGCCUCCUGCAAGCCAGGUGCAGGUAUGGGCCCAGGCCUAUUCAUUUAUGUGGAUUUUCAUAAGCAAGGGAAGCCUUUUGCUUGACAUUGGAGGCUCCACUGUACCUAACAUUGCUCUGCUAAAGGGUUUAGUGCCCUAGCUCCAAGGGGUCAAGAGAUCAUCACAUCUAUUACUGGGGUACCCUUGAGUUCAGUAGCAAGAGCAUCCCUUCAUGAUGCAGAAGCAACUGUGCCCAUCACAGGUAGGACUACUUGCUUAGUAAGUGGACAUGCUUCUGAUCUACUACUAAGUACUUUCCUAAAAUCUAAUUUGAGUGAAGGAGUUGAAUGUAAAUAAGGGAUAGCAGGCAGACAAAUUAGUAGCAAUAAAUAUAAAUAGAACUUAAUUACUGUCUCCUGUU